ACCUCUUUGCGACCAGCUAAUCCCUCUUUCUAUCCCCUCAAAAAACCCCCUCCCAUCCGUCACAAUGGCCCCCGUUGCUGCCCGUGGUCGCAAGGCCCAGAAGGUCACCAAGAAGUAUGUUAUCAACGCUUCUCAGCCCGUGAGCGACAAGAUCUUCGACCUCUCUGCUUUCGAGAAGUUCCUCCACGACCGCAUCAAGGUCGAGGGCCGUGUCGGCAACCUCGGUGACAAGGUCGUCAUCUCCCAGGCUGGUGACGGCAAGGUCGAGGUUGUUGCUCACAUUCCCUUCUCUGGCCGCUACCUGAAGUACCUCACCAAGAAGUACCUCAAGAAGCAGCAGCUCCGUGACUGGCUCCGUGUCGUCUCCACCUCCAAGGGUGUCUACGAGCUCCGCUUCUACAACGUCGUCAACGACGAGGGCGAGGAGGAUGAGGAGUAAAUUACUCCUUCCGGAAUGACAACCAAUAAAAAAAAUCCAAAAAUGACCGGAUGACAAGUGUGCUCGCGUCAGGGGGUUGCCAAUAAAAGGGAGCGAUAUCUGAAUUGAGGGUUAUCACUUGGAUGUCUGGUUUGGGUAUAGAUGUGUUCUACAAGGAGGGAUU